AGCGGUGAUGGGCGUGCAUCAUUCACUUGCGUUCAUUUAGGGAACUAAGACGGACUAGCUACAGCAUCCGAAAGCGGUAAAGGUUCCACUGUGCCGUUUAUUUCAAGGUGACGAAAGAUGAUGUGCUAUACUGUUCUUGCCACAUUUGGUCUGUUGGGCAUUGCUACUGCCCAGACUUCACUUGUAAUUACAUCCUGCUUGACCAAGGAGCAAAACCUUCAAAUGAUCUGCAAGUUUACUCCAGCUCCAACUCCAGACCCCAAGAUCAGUGUUUGCAACUUUACGUCAGAGGGGAAAUUGGUGGCCUCCUCCAAUGCCGGUAUGGACGCAGAGAGCACCUUCAAGGGGCGAACCAAAAUCGCUUUUGAACCGAACAUGUGUCGUCUGAAUCUAACUGGUUUCUCAAGUGACAAACCCCAAGACUUCACCUGCAACAUCAAACAGACUGAAAAGCAAGCGACAACGUUGACAUCAACUGUGGAUAAACGUAACCUAGCCUAUUGUUCCGCUUAUUGUACCCUGCAGCACAGUGCAGUAGUGUUCCUGCUAGUUUUCAUCACCUCCCCACUAAUGUUAGAGCUUCUGUGAGCUGUGACAUUGAAUGGAUCUUGUGGUACACCACUACCCCAAAACAAAAUUAUCAUAUUUAUAGCUUGUACUCCUGUUUAACAAGAAAGGUUAAUUUUUUUUUUUGGUUCUAUUGGGGCUUUCUACACUCAGACCUGGGUUAAUGCUGUUGUUCAAAACACUGUUGUGUGAUGCAUGUCAAAAAUACCUUAAAUAUCAUGUUAAAGUAUCAUGUGUUAAUUUGGUUUUGUUGUGAAUUAAAUUGUUUGGUGAUGUUGCAAUUAUUUUAAGAAUUAUGAAAUAUAUGGAAUAAAAAUAUUACAAAUGUAGUCAGAUGGGGCCAAUAUAUUAAUAAAGGAGAUGCUAUUGUCAAAGUAAAAAAUG